AUGACAAAUAGCUUGAGAGACACAAUUCCAUCCAUAACGCCAUCUGCUUAUGGUAUCACUGUUACAGCAAAACUAGAUAACCACCUUACAUCAAAAGGUUAUGACAGACUAGAUAGCCAGAAGCUGUCCUAUAAAACACCUAGAAAUAAUAUAAUACCAUUUGUAAUGGCUUCAGAGAAGAAAAUCCAAAUACAGGAACCUGAAAUGGAUUACAAAGAAGGCAUUUUGUUACCAAAAGACAUUUGUAAAGGUUGGGAUAAAAUCUGGAACUUCCAAGCCAGACCUGAUGAUCUCUUCAUUGCCACAUAUCCUAAAUCAGGGACAACGUGGACACAGGAGAUAAUGAAUAUGAUACUACAUGAUGGAGAUGUUGAUAAAUGCAAUCAAAAACCUUUAUAUGUUAAACAACAUAUGCUCGAGUGGGUUUUGCCAGAUGGUUCCUUAGAUGUAGAAUCAGUCAAUGAAAUGAAUUCCCCACGGAUUGUUAGAACUCAUCUGCCAUUCCAUUUGAUGCCACCAUCCAUUUUGGGGAAAAAAUGUAAGAUUAUUUAUAUGGCUAGAAAUGGCAAAGACUGUCUGGUAUCCUACUAUCAUUUCUCAAGAAUGACUAAAUUGUUCCCUGACCCUGGUACCUGGGAGGAAUUUAUUGAGACAUUCAAAGCUGGAAAAGUGCAGUGGGGCUCCUGGUACAACCAUGUGAAGGGAUGGUGGGCUGCAAAAGACAAGCACCACAUUCUCUACCUGUUCUAUGAAGACAUGAAGGAGGACCCAAAGAGGGAAAUUCUGAAGAUAUUGAAAUUCCUGGAAAAAGAGAUAUCUGAAGAAAUUCUGAAUAAAGUUAUUUAUCACACUUCCUUUGAUAUAAUGAAGCAAAACCCAAUGGCCAACUAUACUACAUUGCCUAUCAGCAUCAUGGAUCACUCCAUAUGCCCUUUUAUGAGAAAAGGGAUGCCUGGAGACUGGAAGAACCAUUUCACUGUUGCCCAGAAUGAAGAGUUUGACAAGGACUACCAAAAGAAGAUGUCAGGAAGCACCCUGACUUUCCACACAGAGAUCUGA